AUGAUAUCCGACAACACAGAUACCAAAUAUCCCGGACCCAACGCAAACCAGACGGUGACCAGCGCGCAGCCAGAUCUGGGUUCAUUUUCCACAGAUUUGGAAAUCGUAUCACCAACCACAUCAGAGCACAGCCAAGUGUUCAAAAAGACGACAGAGGGCCCCAACUUCCGUGGUGUUAGCAUGUACGGUGCAGCAGUUUUAAUUGCCAAGUCACAAUUGGGACUAGGAGUGCUUGGUUUGCCAAGUACAUUGAAUGCUUUAGGAUUCUUGCCAGGAUUGAUCUCACUUAGUUGCUUGUGCUUGUUGAGCACCUAUACAGGCCUCAUCAUAGGGAAGUUCCGAAUCAGGCACCCGCACAUAUACUGCAUUGAUGACGCCGCAUACAUGUUGUUUGGAGGCGUGGCUCGAGAAUUGAUAGGUUGGGGAUUUUGGUUAUUUUACACUCUUUGUUAUGGUUCUGCAUUGCUCACCAUAUCCAUAGCCUUCAAUUCUAUCACGGGGUAUCCAGUGUGCACUGUUAUCUGGGUAGUUGUAGGAACUGUUGUUUCUUUUAUUCUUGGUGCUUCAAUCAGAACAAUGAGGGUGCUUUCCUUUAUGGGAUAUUUUGCCAUGUCAAGUAUUCUUCUUGCCGUUUGGAUUGUUGCAAUUGCAUGUUUAACUCAAGGAGUACCGGCCGCUGCUCCCGAGGGUGAACCAAUCAACAAGAUGAUCCAAGUUGCAGCCACAGGUGCUCGGUUCAACACGGUAGUUUCUGCUAUUGCUGUUCAAUUCUUUUCAUUAUGUGGCACAGCAUCCUUCUUUUCGAUCCAAGCUGAAAUGAGAGAUCCCAGACAGUAUGGGAGAUCAUUACUUAUGGGACAAGGUUUGGUCAUGUUCAACUAUAUUGUCCUUGCCAUAAUGGUAUAUGCCAAAGUUGGUCAGUACGUGGCAUCGCCGGCUUUGGGAUCUGCCGGAGAAUUGUUCAAAAAAAUCGCAUACGGGGUUGCUCUCCCGGGAUUGUUUUGGUCGUCGUUCUUCACGGCUCAUCUAGCAGCCAAGUAUUCUCUCAUACGAAUAUUGCGGGGGACCAAACAUUUGCAAAAUAACACCAAGAUCCAUUGGAUUACAUGGCUUGGUAUGAUUUUCAUUGUUAGCUCGGUCGGGUUUGUAAUAGCUGGAGCAAUUCCAUUCUUUAACAAUCUUGCGGCAUUAACAGCAGCAUUGGUGGGCACUUUGUUCACCUUAUUCAUUCCAGCGUGUAUGACAUUGUACGAACUUGGGCAUCAUAAACAUCACCAAGAUGAUCUGAGAUUAGCAUGGAUACGGCACUCAUGGAGAGAGAUCCAUAACUACAAGUUCUCAACCGGUCUAUCGAUGUUCUGCAUACUUGUUGCAAUCUUCAUUUGUGGUGGAGGUCUCUAUGGAGCCAUAUCUUCCACCGUUGAAGCGUACGCAAAUGGCACGGUGGACCGCGCAUUUUCUUGUGCCAACAAUGCCUAA